AUGCCGAGCGUCUUGUUCGUCUGCGUCCACAACGCCGGCCGCUCUCAAAUGGCGGCUGGCUACCUCAGACAUCUCGCAGGUGACACUAUUGAAGUGCGCUCUGCUGGGUCAGCCCCAGUCGAUUCUAUCAACCCCGUCGUUGUCAGCGCCAUGCUCGAAGAAGGCAUUGACCUUGCCAGCCAAACCCCCAAAAUUUUAACCGCCGAUGCGGUUGAGGCCAGUGAUGUUGUCAUCACAAUGGGGUGUGGCGAUGCCUGCCCCUUCUUUCCUGGCAAGCGCUAUCUCGAUUGGCAACUGAACGAUCCUGCCGGGCAGGGCAUUGAGGCAGUGCGACCCAUCCGUGACGAAAUCCGUCGUCGCGUCGUGGCUCUCAUCACCGAACUUCAACCCUCUGUUUGA